CUCUCACUCACAGAGUCACAUGAAGCCAUGACAGCCGUCACCCAUGUGCUCCGUGGAUUACUUCGCCACCACCGCACCAUCAGCGGCAUCGGAUCAGUGCAGCUGAUCCGCCACUACUAUUCUACUCCCAGCUCGAGUUAUUAUAAUCCAAGCCAAGAUUUUGCCCGAGCGCGCGCGUCUACUUUAUCAUCCCCACCAUGGUGCCGCCCGUUGGCUUCUCCUCCCAGUCCCACUGGCGUCGUGUCUCUGUCCUUCUUCUCCAGCCUGGUAGGGAGGGAUCAGGAGGAGGUGGAGGUGCUGGACAUGGAGCGCGGCACGGUGCGGUGCGCGGCCAACUACGUGCCGCUGACGCCGCUCAGCUUCAUCGAGCGCGCCGCGGCCGUCUACGGCGAACGCCCCGCGGUGGUGUACGCGGGGAGGCGGUCAACCACGUGGAGGGAGGUCCGGGAGCGGUGCGUCCGCGUGGCCGCCGCGCUCGCCACCCGCUUCGGCGUCGCGCGCGGCGAUGUGGUGGCUGUUCUCAGCCCGAACGUGCCGGCGAUGUACGAGCUACACCUCGCCGUACCCAUGGCCGGCGCCGUCCUCUGCACGCUGAACACGCGGCACGAUGCGGCCAUGGUGUCCACCCUGCUGAAGCACUCCGAUGCCAAGGUGUUCCUCGUCGAGUCGAGCCUUCUCGGCGUCGGGAGAGACGCGCUGCAGCGUCUCGCCGUCUCCAGGUCCGCCGCCGCCAACAUUCCGGUCCUCGUAACCAUCUCCGACGACAGCGACCCCAUCGACCCUGACUUAUGCGAAAAUGAGUAUGAGGCUCUCAUCAAGAGUGCCCCUUCGCAUUUCGACAUCCGCUGGCCGGCGAACGAGUUGGAUCCCAUCACGCUCAACUACACGUCUGGCACGACGUCGCGGCCCAAGGGUGUGCUCUACAACCACCGGGGCGUGUACCUCAACACCAUCGCCACGGUCCUCGCUUACGACAUCACUCCGAUGCCGACGUACCUGUGGACUGUGCCCAUGUUCCAUGGCAAUGGCUGGAGCAUGACGUGGGCUGUUGCCAUGCAGGGUGGCACCAACAUCUGUCUCCGCCACUUCACCGCGAGGGUCAUCUUCGACAGCAUCGCACGACAUGGAGUGACACACAUGGGCGGUGCACCUACGGUUCUCAACAUGAUCGUUAAUGCGCCCGCCGCGGAUCCAAGGCCACCGUCGGGCAAGACGGUGGUGCGUGUCAUGACGGGCGGCGCGCCGCCACCGCCCCGCGUCCUGGCUGGAAUGGAGGAGCUUGGCUUCGUGGUAUAUCAUAUAUACGGCCUCACCGAGACGCACGGUGCAGCCACUGUGUGCACUUGGAUGCCGGAGUGGGAUGCGCUGCCGGUGGAGGAGCGCGCGCGGCUCAAGGCGCGGCAGGGGUUCCAUCACAUUGCAAUGGAGGAUGCCGAUGUCAAGGACCCGACCACCAUGGAGAGUGUGCCGCACGACGGCAAGACAGUGGGCGAGGUGAUGUUCCGUGGCAACACAGUCAUGAGUGGGUACUACAAGGAUGUUGAUGCGACCCAAGAGUCCAUGGCGGGAGGGUGGUUGCGCACAGGGGACCUUGCCAUCCGGCACCCAGACGGGUACAUCCAAGUCAAAGAUAGGGCCAAGGACAUCAUCAUAUCGGGCGGCGAGAACAUCAGCUCAAUCGAGGUGGAGUCCAUAAUCUUUGGCCACCCAGCGGUGCUCGAGGCGGCGGUCGUGGCGAGGCCUGACGACCACUGGGGGGAGACACCAUGUGCCUUCGUCAAGCUAAAGGAUGGCGCAAGUGCCACAGAAACAGAGAUCAUAGGCUUCUGUCGGGAGAAGCUGCCACACUACAUGGUGCCCAAGACAGUGGUUUUUGAGGAUUUGCCCAAAGCUUCCACUGGGAAGACACAGAAGUUUGUUCUUCGGGAGAAGGCCGGAGCGAUGGGAAGCCUCAAGAAGGCCGAAAACAGCAAACUGUAACAUUUGCUUGUGUAGAUGGAAUAUUGUUGUAUAUUUUUUUCACAUCUUGUUGUGUCCUCGUGUAAUUUUUUUUUGAGACAACCUCGUGUAAUAUAUGGCAUCUUGGCUAAGAAAUUUGUUCCUGAA